UAACCUCUUUCCAAUGUUCUGACUCAACAUCAGUUCCUAAGGAUAAAGACGCUUCAUAGAGACCCCACAACAUUUACACCACUCCAUAUAGAAAAGCUAGAGUCUUCAUGAUCCCCAGGAUGAUCCAUGAUAACUUGAAGAGUGGACACCAAAUCUCUUCCCCAACAGGUAAUGAAAAUGGACAGAAUCCAUUCUUCUGAUAGCACAGUUUUGGGUAUGGCCACUUUAUUUCUCAGCCAUGUAUGUCAAAAUAUUCACUAGGUUAGAAAAAAUGACAAUUUACAAUUAGUUCUGUAUUUGACAAUAUCAGGAAUAAUGAAUUUUAAAAUGUUCACCUUGUGUUGGACCAAAUUAAGAUGACUUUCUUUCUCUAGCCGACAUAUCCCAGCCUGGAAAAAAACAUCUUUGAGUUUGUAGUCACAUUAUAGUCUAUCAGAGAAAACCUUUGGUGUUCUGAGGAAAAAGUUGCCACGUAACUCUCUCUUUUACUUUGUCUUCUAUACAUGGACAAAGGUUGAUUCAUCAGUCAAAUUAUUUAAGAUAGUGAUGGUACCAUGCCAUGCCAGCUGCACCAACUGAUCAUAAUAGUGAUCUUAUUAUUGGGAAUCUAGUCUUCCUUUAUGACAUUCACAAUCAGCUGAUAGCUCCCAGCUUGGACCUGGAGAAAAUGAGGUUCCUGAUCAGUCUCUGAGGGACCCUGAGAUUUGAGGUACCUGGACUCAAGUCUCAAAGAUUUCUUAAUUACUUAAUCUCCUGGUGUUCCCUCCUCCCCCCAAUCCAAUCCUUCCUGUCACUGUAUUGAUAUUAUUGAUCGCACUCUCUCUGCUCUGGAUUGUCAUGAGACCCCUCACCGUUGGUUCUUCUAUCCGUGUGACUGUACCUUAUCAUUCUCCUUUGCUGGUUCAUUAUUCAUACCCACUUUCCUGCAGGGCUCAUUUUUAGGUCCUCCUCUCCUCCUAUACUUUCUCUCUUGGUGACUUCCUCAGUUAUCCUUAAGCUGUUGACUCUCAGAUCUGUAUCUCCAGUCCUAGUCUCUCCUCUGAGUUUUACUUCUACAUGACCAGCUGCCUAUUGGAUAUUCCCAGCUGAACGUCCUCGAGAUAUCUCAAAACCAAAGUGUCCAAAGUGAAAAUCAUUAUCUUUUCUCUAAAACUACACUUCUGAAUUCCCUUUUGAAUUUCUGCCAAAGGUAACACCAUUCUUCCAUCUCCUGAAUCUGCAAUCUCCUCUCUCUCCUUAAUUCCUCCCUCACUCUCUAUGUCCAAUCGUAGAUCUUCAGUGGAGAUCUCCACACCAUCUGCAUCUCACUCCUUCUUUGCUCAACCAGCUGCCAUCUCAGACCUACUGUCUCACCUAACAUCUUAGGACUCCUACGUAAUUGACCUUCCUGUCUCAAAUCUGUCACCACUCCAAUCGAGCCUACAAACUGCUGGCACACUAACAAUUACAACAUAAUCCAGCCAUAUCAAUUCCCUACUCAGGAAAUUCCCAUAGUGUCUUAUUACCUCUGGAAUAAGAAAUUAAAUCUUCUGUUUGGCUUUUAAGAGCAUUUCCAAUCUGACUCAACCUGCCUUUUUCCAGUCACAUUGAAUAUCAUUCACUCUCCCACCACUUCCAAUCCAGUCAAAUCUUUUCAUGGAUAUUUUCUCCAAAUGACAACUAGAUAGCUUAGUGAAUUGGAAAGAAGAAAGCUCACCUUUAUUAAGCACUUACUGUGUUCUAAGACCUAUACUAAGUGCUUUAUAAAUCUUCUCAUUUGAUCUUCACAACCAGUCUGGAGGUAGGCAAUUAUUAUUUCCAUGUUAUAAUUAGGGAAACUAAGGCCAAUCUGGGGGAGGGGGUAGAGGGAGAGAGGGGAAAAAUCAGAACAGAAGUGAGUGCAAGGGAUAAUGUUUUUUAAAAAAAAUACCCUGGCACGGGUUCUGUCAAUAAAAAGUUAUUAAAAAAAAAAAAAAAAGGAAACUAAGGCCAGCAGAGGAUAAAGGACUUGUCCAGGUGAUACAACUACUAAGUGUCUGAGACUGGAUUUGAACUCGGGUCUUCCUGCCUCUAAGCCCAGAUCUCUUAUUCCUGUGUCACUCGGCAGCCUGGCCAUGUUGUUGUUAGGGUGAGAUGAGCAAGAGAGCCCAGGUGAUGGUGACUGGUGGGACAUAAGCAAGGGUCCCAAAUGGGUGGCUACCUCAUGCCUGAGUCCAGUAAUUUCAGUAAUGUGUGGGAGCAGCCAAUUUGCCAGUUUCAAAUAUUGUCAUGAAUAACGUUGCCCAGAAAAAAAUAAAGGCAUGAUAAGUGUGUGUAUGUGUGUGUGUGUGUGUUAGUGGGAGGGGGAUGGGAGGGGGAUACACCCCCACUCUAAUAGACUAGCUUGCUAAUAGCAACAAGUAGUUUUGAUGACCACUUUUCUACCCCCUCCCUGCCUCACCUCCAGCUCUCCAGCUCCCAUGCAGGAGCCCUCCUCUCCCGACUGGGAGGGUUCUUCCCUAGCCCAGCCAGCCCAGCUUCCUGCUGCUUUCUGCCAUCUUCAUUCCACACUGUGGUCCUCGCUUUUCCCCAAUGGCUCCAGGAAUGCUCUCAAAUACACCCUUCCCUUUCCCACCUUCCCUGUCACUGUCCAGGGUACCAACCUCCUUCCAGUCAUCCAGGCCAGAGACCUCGCUCUUAGUCUUUCCUUCCCACCACUGGCCAAGACCUGUCUAUGUCACUCUUGUUUCGACCUUCCCAGCAUCCCUAUCCCCUUCUCUCUCCUGAGCCGGCCAGUCCCCAAUGCAAACUCUCUCCCCUUCUGCUUGGACGAUCCCCUACCCGCUGGUUGGUUUUGCUGCCUCAAGUCUCUCCCCACUCCAGUCCCCUUUCCUUCCUGCUGCCAAAGUGAACUUAAAGCUCAGCUAUGAGUGUCACUUCUGUAUUGAAUAAACUCGUGGUUCCCCACAACAUCCAGGAUUAAAUAUAAAAAUCUCACUCGGCUUUUAAAGCCCCCUAAAUCCUCCUUUUCUUCUCUCCUAUCUUUUCCCACCUUUCUCCUCCACUGCCAUCAGUGACAUUCCAGGCUGUCCCCACGCUAGAACUCCCUCCUCCCGCAGCUUGGCAUCCCCUCCCAUGCCCCAUCUUCCGGGAAAGCUUCCUCAGUGCCCUUCAGUGCUUGUUCCUGUUGAUCAUUUCCACUUGCUCUUGCACACAUCCUGUUUAUACAAGGUUGUUUGCCUGCUGUUUUCCCUUCAGACCAAGAGCUCCUCGAGGGCAGGAACUGUUCUGCCCUUUCUUUAUAGGCCCAGCACUUGGCCCAGUGCCUGGCACACAGUAAGUGCUUAAUAAAUGUUCAUGCUUAAUAGUGCUCGUUGCCUGGACGGGAGUGCUCUUUGGAUUCUGCUCGGCUUCCUUUACGCGGCACCUGGCUGUAACAAAGCCUUUUCCUACCAGGUACAGAAAAGUUUGAGAGUAAAAUCAUUUCCCUAAAGACAAGUCUGUUCUAACGAUCCCAAAGGAACGUUCAAGGCUUCUCUCAGGAGGCGGUGUCUAGGGCCACCGAGGAGCAUCAGGUCACAAACUUGGACAAACCAGGGUGCAUGCUCCAGGGCGUGGGAUGCAGAGAACGCGGCCAUGGCCAAGGACCCGGGGCAGGGGACCCGAAGCGCAGGAUGCACUGAACAGGGUGCAGAGAACGGAGGCACGGCCAAGGACCCGGGGCGCGGGGCCCACGGUGAAGGGUGCACGGAGCAGCGUGCAGAGAACGGGGGCACGGCCAAGGACCCGGGGCGCGGGACCAGGGUGGAGGGUGCACGGAGCAGCGUGCAGAGAACGGGGGCACGGCCAAGGACCCGGGGCGCGGGGCCCACGGCGCAGGGUGCACUGAACAGGGUGCAGAGAACGGGGGCACGGCCAAGGACCCGGGGCGCGGGACCAGGGUGGAGGGUGCAUGACCCAGGAUGGAGGGUGCACCGCGCGCGGCGCAGGGGCGAAGUGCAGGGCCAAGGGCCCAGCCAGCUUUUCGCAGCCCCGCGUGCACAGGGGCACUUUCUGCUUUGCCAGUCUAGGAUGGCAGGCCAGCUCCAACCAAGAUGGAGUUCCUGAGGGUCAGAGGGAGGUACGCUCCAUUUCAGGCCCAAUCCCGAGGCCUCAGGGGCGGGGCGGCUGGGCCUGGGAGGGCCCAGAGCCCGGAGCCCAGAGAGUGCCAGCCCACGGAGGCCCCCCUUCUUCCUCUCUUCCCCUUCCCACGCGGCCCCGCCUCGGCAAGCUCAGCCCUGGACUCCUCCUCCAGGAAGCCUUCGGGCCUGAGAUCGCAGGCUCGCAGCCUUCAGUGAACCAAGGGCUGGCGGAGCGGCCCCGGCGGACCGAGCGUGGACCUCGGCCUUUGCUUCGGCCUCAGGCUCCGCCCCGCCUCUGCUGCCCUUUCCUGCUGCCUCCUCCUCCCGUGGGACCUCCCGCUCAGCCUGUGGAAGAUCGAGGACUGGCCCAAGAGGGGAGUAUGGAGCUAGAGGGAAUGGUCCCUGGAACUCAGAGAACGCUGUCCCUGAAAUCCGUGACCUUCAAGGAUGUGGCUGUGGACUUCAGCCAGGAGGAGUGGUGCCUUCUUGAUUCUUCUCAGAAGGAACUGUACAAGGAAGUCAUGCUGGAGAUCUUUCAGAGCCUACUCUCCUUAGGGCUUCCAGUUCCCAAAGCCGAUCUGAUCUCCCGGGUGGACCAAGCAGAAAUACCGUGGAUCCUGAAGGAAGAAGAUACAAAGAGCUCUGGUCUAGAUGGGGAGACCAAGCCAAAAAUCAAGGAAACUACAGAAAAGCUGAGCAUUGCCUGUGAUUUAAAAUUAAGAGAGAUUUGGGAUUCAGAUGUCAGGUUAGGGAAGAAGCAAGGCAACUGGGAAAGUGAUUCAAAACAAUUAAAAAUGAUCCUCAGGAAAACUAAUGAAGGAAAAGGUGAUGAACAUAAUAAAUUGGAAAGAAAUUCUAAUCAGAGGUCAAAGAUUCAUCCUCAAUGCACUGAAAGUAGGAGGAGCUCAUGGCAAUAUUCAGACCCGUAUGAAUGUAAGGAAAUCACCUCAGGGAAUGGAUAUUCCAAAUAUAGUAGAUAUGGGGAGUGCUUUGAUGAGGAGAUAGAUCUUAUUCAGCAUCAUGGAGUGAAAGGUUUUCAAGGUGAUCACUGUGAGACAUCCUUGAGUUUGAGUCCAGAUUUUAUUAGUCAUCAGAAGAGUAAUACUGGAGAAAUGCCUUAUAAUUACAAUGAACACAAUAUAACCUAUAACUCAUCUCUUAGUCUACAUCAGAAAGUUCCUCCGGGAAAGAAAUCUUAUGAAUGUAAUCACUGUGGAAAGACUUUUUUUCGGAAUACAGAUCUUAGUCAACAUCAGAAAAUUCACAGUGUAGAAAAGGCUUAUAAAUGUAAUGAAUGUGGGAAGGCUUUUAGCCAGAGUAGAGACCUUCAUAGACAUCAGAGGAUUCAUACUGGAGAAAAGCCCUAUAGAUGUAAUGAAUGUGGGAAGGCCUUUAGUUAUAGCUCAUCCCUUAUUGCACAUCAGAGAAUUCAUUCUGGAGAAAAACCUUAUGAAUGCAAUCAGUGUGGAAAGGCUUUUAGAAACCACUCCAACCUUGCUGUCCAUCAGAGAAUUCAUACUGGCGAGAAGCCGUAUAAAUGUAAUGAAUGUGGAAAGGCUUUUAGCCAGAGCAGAGACCUUCUUCGACAUCAGAACAUUCACACUGGAGAGAAACCCUAUAAAUGUAACGAAUGCGAGAAGGCCUUCAGCCAGAGCAGAGACCUUCUUCGACAUCAGAACAUUCAUACUAGAGGGAAACCUUAUAAAUGUAAUGAAUGUGAGAAGUCCUUCAGCCAGAGUACUUCCCUUCUUACCCAUCAGAGUAUCCAUGCUGGUGAGAGGCCCUACAAAUGUAAUGAAUGUGGGAAAGCCUUCAGCCGAAGCUCGAAUCUUAGAGUACAUCAGCGAAUCCACACUGGAGAGAAGCCUUAUGAAUGCAGUGAAUGUGGGAAGGCCUUUAUCCUAAAAUCAUCUCUUAUUUUGCACCAGAAGGUUCAUACUGGAGAGAAAACUUCUAAAUAUAAUCAACGUGGAAAGGCUUUUAGACAGAAUUUUCACUUUGCUGCACAUCAGAGAAUUCAUACUGGUGAGAAGCCCUAUAAAUGUAAUGGAUGAAGGAAGGCCUUCCUCUGCAGUUCACACCUUACUAGCAAUGAUGGAAGUUGUAUUGGAAUGAAUCUAAUUGAUGUGGGAAGGAAGGCCUUUAGCUGGAGCACAAGCCUUCUAGGAUAUUGGAAAAUUCAUACCAUAGGUAAAGCCAUAGAAAUGCAAUUAAUUUUUUCUGUGAAUGCCUUAUGUCUGUCAUUUCUUAUUGCCCAAUAAUACUCUAGAACAUUGAUAGACUAUACUUUUUCUCUCAUUCUCCAAUGAUUAGUAUUCUCAGUUCUUAGCUACCCAAGAGAAGUGCUGCUGUGAAUAUUUUAAUGUAUAGUGGACUUUUCCAUCUGUCAUUGACUUUUGGGGGAUAUAAGUCUAGUAGUAGAAUUGGCUGACCAAAGGGUAUAGAGAGUUGUGAGUUUUCUUGUAUCAUCCAUUUGUACAUUAAAUAAAAAAUAUUUCAAGUUUUGUUGGCUUGAAUUUUGGAAACACCAGCAAAUAAAACACUUUCCGUACACAGAGAGGUGUGUACUCAA